GCCGGCCGGGAGCGGCCGGGCCGGGGCUGCGGGGGGCGAGCGGCCGGGCCGGGCCGGGCCCCGCCAUGGCGGCCGAGGGGAAGGUGACGGGGCAGAGCCAGGAGCAGUUCCUGCUGCUGGCCAAGGCGGCCCGCGGCGCCGCGCUCGCCAGCCUGAUCCACCAGGUGUUGGAGGCCCCGGGCAUCUACGUGUUCGGGGAGCUGCUGGACAUGCCCGCCGUCCGCGAGCUGGCCGACAGCGAGUUCUCCCCCGUGUUCCGCCUCCUCACCAUCUUCGCCUACGGCACCUACGCGGACUACCUGGCUGAAGCAGCAAACCUCCCUCCCUUGACAGAGGCCCAGAAGAACAAACUUAGGCACCUGUCAGUCGUCACUCUGGCUGCCAAGAUCAAGUGCAUCCCCUACUCAGUGCUGUUGGAGCAGUUGCAGCUGAAGAAUGUCCGGCAGCUGGAGGACCUGGUGAUUGAGGCUGUGUAUGCAGAUGUGCUGCGAGGGAGCUUGGAUCAAAGGAACCAGCGCCUGGAGGUGGAUUACAGCAUUGGGAGGGACAUCCGGAGGGAGGAGCUUAGCACCAUCACCCGCACAUUGCAGGAGUGGUGCCAGGGCUGCGAGGUUGUGCUGUCGGGCAUCGAAGAGCAGGUCAGUCGUGCCAACCAGCACAAAGAGCAACAGCUGGCCUUGAAGCAGCAGAUCGAGAGCGAGGUGGCAAACUUGAAGAAGACCAUUAAAGUGACAACAGCAGCUGCUGCGGCAGCCACAUCCCAAGACCCAGAGCAGCACCUCACGGAGCUCAGGGAGCCGGCCCCUGGCACCAACCAGCGCCAGGCGAGCAAGAAGACCUCCAAAGCCAAAGGGCUCCGGGGCAGCACGAAGAUUUGGUCUAAAUCAAGCUAGUUGGAUCUCCCUUCACAACUGGGAGGGCAGUGUCUCCCUCCUUCAUCACAGCAUUUCACACUCUGAGCUUCAGGUUGUACGCGUUGCUGUUUCCCCAGCCGCUCGAGCCCCCCAUCGCCACGGCCGUGUGUUUCUCUCUUUCUCUCUCCCUGUCUUUUGACAGGUCAGUUUCAGGAGCCGUAAAGGUGUGACAAUCACCUUGGCACCCCCAGGGCAUCACAACAGCUUGGAAAGAGGGUGCUGGUGUGCAGCAGUUGUUUUGGCUCUAUGAGACCCUCUGGGAUACUUUGCUCCAGGACACCAUCUUUAAUUGUUUAAUCUUUGUUUUGCUAGGUGGGAGGGUAGUUUUUGAAGGGAUUCUUUUAAAAAAAAAUAUAAAUAUAUUAUAAAUAUAUAUAAAACAAUAAAAAUAUAGAUCUAUGGACAUAUCUAUACAAACCUGCGCUCCUGUGGGUGGCAUCUCUUUGCCUUGUACACCAGUUCUGGAGGUUCCAAAGUAAGCUGUGAUGUUAAGAGCCUUUGUCCCAUUUUGUGGUGGAAUAUCCUCAAAAUACGAGGUUCCCUUUUCAAAGGUAGUGCCACAGUAUCUCUAUUGGGAUGAGAGUCCAUAAAACAGAAAUUAAUCAUAAAUCUUAUUUAAAGUA